AUGAAUUUGCAAGCACAAAGUGAAUUGGAAUUGAAAUUUUCAGCUUUUGAAAAAUUAGGAGAAAACCCAACAGAAGUUGAUAUUAAAUAUGUGAGUUAUUUACUUAAAAUUCCAUUAUCAACUAUUCGUCUGUGGUUAUUAGAAAGAGCUGGAGUAGAUUUUUAAAUUGAUAUCACCCCAACUGAAGAUAAAGAAUGUUAAAUUAUUGGCUGCAUUAUGAAAAAGAAAAAACUAAUAAAUUAAUAAAACUUAGUGAAAGAAGAGGAUGCUUUAUAAAAAUAAACAAAGAAUCUGUCCAAGUAACCAUCAACUUAAUCAAAAGACAAUCAGAUCAUAAAAAAAAAGAAAAAUGUUGACAAAACAAAAUUAAGUCAGACAAACAAAAAAGCUAAUAAGGUUUUAUAAAAAUAAAGACAUUUAGCUAUUAAAUAAGCUUAGUAUUCUUAACAUGAAGAUAAUAAAACUCAAGAGAAAAAUACAUAAGAAAAUUAAAAUUCAAAUCAACCAUAAUCUGUAUAAACUUAAAAAAUUGUACAACAAAAUGAUUUAGUUGAAGUUUAAAAUAAAAUAAAUAAUAAUAAAGAUAAAAAUAAUUAGGAAUAAUAAAAUUAAUUUCCUAAGCAACCAAUUUCAAAAGAAAAAGAAAAGAAAUAAAAUUAACAACCAAAUUAAAAAAAAACUCUUAUUCGUUUGGAUAAAGAAUAAAACUAAAAAGAAAUCAAUCCUAUGAGUUUAGUAGAGUAAACUAAAUCAUAAAAUAAAAUAUAAUAAAGUUGCUUGAUUGUUAUUGAUGAUGAAAUCAGUUAGAAGAAUUAAAUAUAAUCAAAUUCUAAUAAGGAAAAGAUUUCAAGUUCCAUAUAGAAUUAAAAAAAUUAAAAUUUUAAUGAAAAAUAAUAAACCUUAUCUGAUUUAACUCAUAUGAAAAAAAAAAAAAUUAAAAAUCCUGUAUAAUAAGCAUUAUAAGAAGUCUAGUUGGGAUAAAAUAAGUCUGAAAAUGGAAUUAUAAAAUAAUCUUCAUAGAAAUAGAAUAUUAUUUAAACUAACAAUUAAAAAUAACAACUUUAAAAUCAUUAACAAAUACAAUUUAAGUAGAAUAUUUAGUAAGUCUAAAUAUAAUAAAAAUAAGAUUAUCCUCUCCAAUAAACAAAUUAAUAAUAAUAAUAAUCUUAAUAAAAUUCAUCAAUAGUCAGCUAAAAUAUCAAUUAAGGAUAAAUGAUAAACUUUUCAGGAUAAUAAUAAGAAUAAUAGAAUAAAUAAAAUUCAUAAAUUGAAAAGAAAUCUUCUAAUAAUUAAAAUUAGAAUUAACCAUCUUAAAAGAAGGAUUAAAAUUUAUCUAUGGAAACACCUAAAUUACCUCAAUAACAAAGUAUCUAGUAGCCCAAUUAUUUGGCUUUAGUUUGUUCUUCUUAAUCAAUUUAAGCACAAACUAGUUCUACUAAUAAGGUAAAUUAAUUUUCACCAAAUUAAACUUCUUCAUAAAAAUAGUUGAAUUAAGAACCUUCUUUAUAAAAAUAAAAUUCAAUUGGCUCUGAAGUUAGUGUUUUCUAAAAUUAAUUAAGUCCAACUAUUAAGGGAUCUGUUUCAGAAAAUAAUACAGAUAAGAAAUUUCAAUUGUCUAAUUAAUUUGAAAUGAUUUAAUAGUUCAAUAAAAAUUCUUAAGCAUUAGGAUAAGCAAUAUAAUUGAUAACAGCAGUAAGUAAUUAUCAGGUUGCUUUGAUGGAAAAACUUGAUAUGAUUUAUGAAUGUAUUAAUAAAAAGUGAUAAGAUUAUUUUUGAUAUAUAUUUAUAAAAUGAAAAUAACUGAGCCAAAGGGUUUAGAAGAUGGAAGAGUAUGAUUACUUCUACAACUAGGUUACGAGUCUCUAUUUUUUAAAAUUUGAGUUUAUGGAACAAGUAUGUUUUAUAUUCAAUCUUCUGGGGAUAAUAUUGGCUGCAAUCUAAUAUGAAUUGGAAUUUGAAGAAUAUGAUUCUGAUGAUCCAUUUAGAGAUGUAUAGAAAUUAUAUAAGUUAGAUAUCAUAAUGGCUUUUAUGGAUGAUAGCUGGUUCGACCAUACUUUUGAUAUAUUUUACAUGUUAUCGUUAUUAGGCAAAAAUCUAAUGGUUAAAAUCAAGGGGUGUUAUUGGACCAAGAGAUAAAUUUUAUGAGAUAAAUGAAAACUUCUACAUGAUAAUUGAGAAUAUGGUAUAUUGUCUAAUACCUUUAUCAUUCACAGAGACAAUUAGGAUUUCCUUUUAUAAUGUUGCUUAAGGAGCAGAAGCUUAUUAUCAUAUAAAUGAAAUGUUAACACUUUUAAUGGUCAUCAGAGUAGUCUAUCUCUAUAGGACUGUCUUAACAUUGACAUUUUGGUCAAGUAAUAGAACACUAAGAGUUUGUGAUCUUUAUUCUUGCGAGCAUAAUUAUUUAUUUGUUAUAAAAUCGCUUUUAAAAACAUCUCCUUACUUAACCUAGUUUUUAACGUUAUUAUCAUUAAUUUUUGUGUUUGGCUAUUAGUUAAGAAUUUGUGAAAGACCAUUAACAAGGGUGAAUGAAAUAAUAGAUAAUUUAGGAGUAUACUAUAAUAGUGUUUGGUGUAUCAUAAUAACAAUAACAUUUGUUGGUUAUGGAGAUUAUUAUCCUAGAACUGAUUUAGGCAGAUUUGUAGUUAUUAUAGUGUGUGUGGUUGGAAUAUUUUUAUUGUCUGUUAUGAUUGUUACUUUUAUUGAAUCUUUAAAAGCUACUCCAAUUGAAAAUUAGACAAUGUCUCUUUUAGAAAGGAUCCGUCUAAGACAAAUGGUCAAAAAUGAAGCUGCUUAAGUGAUUAAAUUAAGUAUGUAACAAGCCUAUAGAUGGAGGUAAAUUAAAAAAUAUGAUUAGAAAUGGUACAUUGACAGAAAAAAAAUAGCAUUAAAUAGAAAUAGAAUUAAGAUAAGCUUUUCAUAAUUUUAGAUUUGCUUUAUAACAAUAAAGCAAAUUUGGGAUGGAUAAUUAAAGUGAAAAUAUAAUAAAUCAUAUUGGAUUUUUGGGAUUGGAUCUCAAGUAAUUAAGAAAUGAAUAAAAUUGGGAUGUGAGAUUAUUAAUGGAAAAAUUAGAGAAGUAAGAACAAAUUUCAAAAUAAUUAAUGGAAAAGAUGAAUUAAAUAAUAUCAGAAAAGCAGUGACAUUGUUUUUAGGUUCUAGAACUCAAUUUAAGGAAG